CAUAAAUUAGUGAGAAUUCUACUGUCUUGUGAUGUAGCAAUGAGUACAGGUUUAACCAAUAGCAUAAAGGCUAACAUUUGUAAGGAAGUUGUUAGUGUAUACUAUUAAGAACAGAGGUCAGUAAUAGACAUGGGAAAGAUGUUUUUCUCCUCUUUGAAAGCUUGACUGCUGAAUUGACAAACUGUAGACAUCCUCUAAUCCCAACCAAAAUGCAAUGUUCAUAGUGUAUCUCAUCCUCAUGCUUAUGCACAUCUGCAGAACUUGACAUUUAUGCAGCUUUUUGGCAGACAUUUCAAAACACUUUAAUAUUUCAUUUUUAGACCUGGAGUUAUCCGAGACGGACUCUUUUCUCUGGCAGCAGAAAAAACAAAAAGCGCUGUUGGACUAAGUGAAAAAAGCUCACUGACCAGAGAAAAGAAACAUUUACUGAUUUUGGACAAACGGAGACAGGAGAACUUGACAUUUACAUACAGGAUGAGAGGAGAGUCCGUUUACUUACAUAGAUACCUUCUUGCAAAUCCUUUAUUUCUGCCAACUUCAUAAAUGUGACAUCAACAGAGGAAAGGUUUCUACUGGAUAAACAAGAUUUAUUUAUUAUCAUCCAAAGAAGGAUUAGCUAAUACAUGGAGAGGUAUUUUCAUGUAGAACCUGUAGUGGGAUGUAGCAUGCUGUAGUGGAUGGGAAGAGAAUUGUGUACAGAACCGACCAAUAAAAAAAACGUUCAAGUUCUUAUCCUAUUGCGGAGUUGAAUGAGGUCCUUAAAAUUUCUAAAACCUUUGCAACACAAUAAGAUGAAAUUAUGUUAUUGGAUUAAUAUGGAUCAUCUGUAAAAAAAAAUCAGAAAGUCUGCAUUAGUGGAUGUGGAAAUUAUAAUGAUUACAUUGAAAGGAGAAUUUAAAAAAAAAAAUAAGCGUUAACAACUGAGGAUUUGUAACAUCUUCAUGUUUAUAUCCUGUUACUCUCCUUCAUCAUGAACAUCAUAAUUUUUGCACAAUGUAUUAAGGAUGAGAAGUCAUAAGUUAAAUAUUUUAGAGGAGGUGCUCCUUUUUGUCUGACAUAUUUGUAGAACAUUUUCUACUUAAAAUCUUUGACACCCAUACCUCAAUUAAAAAACAAACAAUGAAUAAUUCCAUUGAGUUGAAUGAAAAUGUUUCUCAAAACAAAUGUGUCCCCAAUGUAGUUAUGAUAACACAAGUGCUGCCAAUUAUGUACAGCAUUAUUUUUAUUGGAGGCCUCUUUUUGAAUAGUGUAAAUUUAUGGAUUUUUUGCUACAUAUCAAGUAACAGAAGCUUCAUUAUAUACCUGAAAAACAUUGUUGUUGCUGACCUUUUGAUGACCCUCACUUUUCCCCUGAAAAUUCUAAGUGAUGCAGAAAUUGGGCACUGGGGACUACGUAUAGUCGUUUGCCGCUUUUCUGCUGUGAUCUUCUACUUAAACAUGUAUGUAGGAAUAAUUUUCCUAGGCAUUCUUGGUUUUGAUAGGUAUUACAAAAUAAUGAGACCCAUGCAUUUGUUUUCAUUUCAAUCUGUGAAACAAAGUAAGAUCAUCUCUGCGGGUGUAUGGAUAGUAAUGGCAUUUAUUUCUGUUCCCAAUAUGAUCCUAACUAACCAACCAUAUAAUGAAACUCAGACCUACAGCUGUGCAAAACUGAAGAGUGAACUUGGGGUUCAUUGGCACAAGGCUUCAAACUACAUCUGUAUAAUUAUAUUUGUGGCUGUAUUUUUCUUCCUUAUGCUUUUUUAUGGUUCUAUUUCCCGAAAGAUAUACAAAUCACACCAGAAGUUUAGAAGAGAUUCAGUUCACAAAAGAAAAUCCAAGCAGAAUAUUUACAGCAUUUUGUUUGUAUUUUUUGUUUGCUUUGUGCCAUAUCACAUAUGUCGAAUACCAUACACACUUAUUCAGACUGGCCCUGCAAUUAGCUGCCAGUUGUACAACACCUUGUUCUAUCUAAAAGAAUGGACUUUGUUUUUGUCAGCUGCCAAUGUAUGUCUUGACCCUGUCAUUUAUUUCUUCUUGUGCCAACCGUUUAGAGAAAAAUUUCUUAAGAAACUGUUGAUAAUCCGUAAAAUCAAAGAAACAGAAAGGAUAUCCAGAGUGUCUACCACACAGGCUGGCAUUGUAUAAGCUUACCAGAUCAGCGGUCCUGUAAAUCACAUUCUUCAAAGGUGUCCUACUACAGUUGGUAACUCUUGGCACUGUACCCACUCAUC